AUGGCCUACGUAGCGCCGAUUCACCGGCCGAACAGCGUUCGGCAUGCCGUGCGCGCCCACCUGUUCCCGGGCGAGGACGAAUGCCUCGUGCUUGCAAAGGCAAACCGCCUCGAGUUCUGGAAGGUCGACGAGGACUCGGCCUUGUUGACCCAAUUCGACACAAAGGUCAUCUAUGGCACCAUCUCCAUCGUCCAGCGCAUACGCCCGAGAGAUGCCGACACAGACAUGCUUUUUAUAGGGACCGACCGUUUUCAGUACUUCACCAUCGCUUGGGAUCCCGAACUGCGAGCUUUCGAGACGGUCAAUUCCUGGUUCGAUGUUGGCGAGAAACAUCUGCGGGACUCGCAAAGUCAAGAUAAAUGCAUCGCGGAUCCCACCGGCCGCUUCAUGGUAGUUCUCCUCUGGGAAGGCGUUUUGAACAUACUGCGGAUGUCCCCCAAGAAAAGCCAGAAGCAAAUUGUACACUGGGAUGACCAGGUUCGGAUCAGCGAGCUCUUCAUCAAGUCGGCUACGUUCCUCCACGUCGAGACUGGCCAGCCCAAGAUCGCCUUCUUGUACCAGACGCGGACGGACAUUCCCGACGCUCAACUGGUCACCUACAAGCUUUAUUCCGAUGAGAAGAACACGCAGGCAUCUCGUUUCGAGACCCGGGACCAACUAGAUCGCUUCGAGAUCCAGGACCCCGGUGCAGCUAUGCUUAUCCCUGUUGGCCGAGGUGAGGAAGAUCACAAGCGCUAUAUUAUACGAAACGCUGCCCAAGCGCGGGCGCAACUCGGCGGCGUGAUCGUAGUGGGCGAGACACGCUUGUUGUACUACGACGAUGCAGCCAAGAAGACCGUAGAAACAGCCCUAGCCGAGGCAUCUAUAUUCGUCGCUUGGGCUGAGUAUGAUGUCUCUCACUACUUUAUUGCCGACGACUAUGGCGUAUUGUGGCUCCUUGAGAUUCAGCUGGAUGGCGGCGCCGUCGUGACCGGAAUGAACAUGCAGAAGAUUGGCACCACGUCAAGGGCCAAUGCUCUUCAAUACAUGGGCAGCGGGCUUCUGUUCGUUGGAUCUCACUACGGCGACUCCCAGGUCUUCAGGGUCGAUACUGAAAGUAGCUGGAAGAUUGAGCUUGUCCAAGAAUUACGCAACAUCUCGCCUGUCCUAGACUUCACCAUCAUGGAUAUGGGAAAUCGCGAAGGCGAAGAGCAAGCCACUAACGAGUAUUCGUCGGGUCAGGCCAGGAUCGUGACGGGAAGCGGCGUGUUCAAGGAUGGGAGUCUGCGCAGUGUACGAAGUGGCGUUGGAUUGGAAGACGUCGGUAUCUUAGCAGAAAUGGAGAACAUUCGGUCUCUCUUUCCAGUUCAAUCACGAUCAUCUGCCAAGACCGAUACUCUAGUAGUGUCGUUCUUAUUGGAGACGCGGAUAUUCAAGUUCGAUCCCACGGGGGAUAUUGAGGAGGUCGAUUCCUUCAAGGGCAUGCCACUCACUGAACACACCCUAUUGGCCCAGAAUAUCUCACACGAGCGGCUGCUACAAGUGACGCCCACUGCUGUGUGUCUCAUCGAUCUCGAAGGCGGUGUUGCUUUAUCUAGCUGGCAGCCUGAAGAUGGUGGUCUCAUUACAAGCGCUUCAGCCAGCGACGAGUGGGUUUUGCUCUCGCUCGACGGUAAGAGCUUGCUCUCCUUGAAGAUCCAGGAAGACUUGAUACAGACGCAACACAACGAUCCUGGCGACAAUGACCAAAUUGCCUGCAUUCAUCUACCGCCUCAAUAUCCGGGCAUAGGUGUCAUCGGUUUCUGGAAAUCUGGAAGGGUAUCGAUAGUUGAUGUCAAGACGCUGCAGCCCCUGCAUAGCGAGUCACUCAGAAGGAAAGACGACACCACAUCGAUUCCUCGUGACAUAGUCCUUGCACAAGUAUUGCCACCGGAAUUAGGUGGCCCGACAUUAUUUGUUGCUAUGGAAGACGGCCUUGUCAUUACGUUCAAUGUGUCUCCAACAGACUUCUCGCUAUCAGGACGGAAGAGCGUCGUACUCGGGACGAGAUAUGCUCGUUUGCAGCUGCUGCAACGAGGUGACGGCAUAUAUAACGUCUUUUCGACGAGUGAGCAUCCAAGUCUGAUAUACGCAUCUGAAGGCCGAAUCAUCUACUCGGCAGUUACAGCGGACGAUGCCACCUGCGUCUGCCCCUUUGAUACUGAAGCAUUCCCGGAUUCAAUCGUGGUCGCAACCGAGAACACCUUAAAGCUUGCUAAGCUGGAUCGUGAGCGCCGUACACAUGUUCAGACCCUGCCCAUGGGCCAAACGGUCAGGCGACUUGCUUAUUCUCGGAAUGAACAUGUAUUCGCCUUGGGCUGCAUUAAGCGAGAAGUCAUUAACAACGAAGAAAUCGUUACGAGCUCCAUAAAACUCGUUGAUGAGGUGAUCUUUGACCAAGUCGGCAAAGAUUUUAUUCUCAAUAACUCUUCUGAGACAGAGAUGGUCGAGGCGGUCAUCCGAGCCGAGCUCCCCGAUUCCUAUGGCAAGCGUGUAGAAAGAUUCAUCGUGGGUACCAGCCUUCCCGAUGACACACAAUCUAGCGCCAGGUCUCGCGAUCAAGUCAAAGGGCGCAUCCUUGUCUUUGGGAUCGAUAGCGAGCGUAAUUUGUACCAGGUCGCCCAACACGAGCUCAAAGGUGCUUGCAGAUGCCUUGGCAUGAUAGGCGACAACAUCGUGGCGGGCCUGGCAAAGACCAUAGUUGUUUAUCGGUACAACGAGGUCACUUCGUCAUCCGCCAGGAUUGAUCGUCUCGCCUCAUAUCGACCUUCGACUUACCCGGUCGACAUUGCCAUCAACGAGAAUGUGAUCGCUGUUGCUGAUCUCAUGAAGUCAGUAACCCUGGUCAAGUUCACACCGUACACGGGCGAUGAGCCCCCGAAGCUGCAGGAAAUAGCAAGACACCACCAUGCUGCAUGGUCAACAACAGUAUCUCACGUUGAAGAAUCGUCUUGGCUUCAAUCUGAUGCAAAUGGUAACCUCAUGAUCUUAAACCCCAAUAAGGAAGGUGUUACGGAGGAGGACAAAAAGCGCAUGGAUAUCACCAGCGAGAUCAAUCUUGGCGAGAUGGUGAACAGAAUCCGGAAGAUCACAGUUGACUCGAGUGAAAAUGCCGUCGUCGUCCCUAAGGCAUUCCUCGGAACGGUUGAAGGUGGAAUCUACCUCUUCGGACUCAUCGCGCCUCGCUACCUAGAUCUCUUGAUCCGCUUCCAAACAAACCUUGCUAGUACAGUUCAAUGCAUUGGAGGCUUAGGGUUCAAUCAGUAUCGAUCCUUCAGAAACGAGCAGCGUGAAGGAGCUGCACCAUUCCGCUUUGUCGAUGGCGAACUCAUCGAACGCUUCUUGGAUGUAGAUGAGGAGAUACAGGAGCAGAUUUGCACAGGACUUGGUCCCGACGUCGAAACUAUGCGGAACUUGGUAGAAGAGCUUAAGCGGCUUCAUUAG